ACACAAAUACCCUGCUUCCAACAUUCCACUCCCGACCAGCCCACACACAUUCACCCGAAAACAAUGUCUUUUUUUAAUUUUUUAUUUAGUUUCUUGCCCUUUUGUAUCUUGGUAUCCUGUCACUGAAACAAUCUACAUAGCACCCCUCGCCCAAAACAUCACUUAGUGCUUUAAUAUCCUGUCACCACAACCACACAUACCCUGCCCUCCGCCCACCCCCAACACCCUUCCCACUACCCACCAUAAAAUAUGCCUUUUCUUUAAAUUUUGCUUCUUUCUUCCUCAAAGAUAACCCUAUAUUGCCACGAUUGGCGGAGCUCUUGUUAAAUUCUUAGUAUUUAAAAUCUGGUUUGCACAUUUGUUGUUUAGUUUCUGUACAUGUUGAUGUGUGAUUGUUCCUCAGAUUUUAUUAAUAUAUAAUUUGUAAAACUUAUAUGUCUAAUGUUCUGUAACUCUUAUCUCUCGUAGAUCUAUGUGGUUUACAAGCCAGAACUUGAAGUCACUUAGUGGAUUCCAACUUUCAGUUCAUUCCCAGCAUGAAAAAAAAAACGACAUAGUGUAUCAAAAAGUACAGAUGCAUAAAGAACAAAACCAAGUCAGGGGAAACAACAGAGAUUUUUGAAAGAGUAGUAUUCCUUCUUACACUUUAAACAUCCGUAAUGCUUGAAACACAGAUGAGAAAAAUUCUUCACAUGUUAUGAUUGCAGCUAUUUAUCGAAUAGGAACAUUAACCUGAAGAUGCAGAUCGCGAUGGCAUCUUACGUGCACUGUCUUGAUUUUGAUGCUACAUGUUACCAAAACAGUAGUCCGAGAAUACAUACAAUAGAGAAACCCUUCAAAUGUGAUGUUUGUAAUUAUGCUUGUAAUAAAAGUAUUAGUCUGCUAAAGCAUAAGGGAAUACACACAGGAGAGAAGCCCUUUAAAUGUGAUUUUUGUGAUUAUGCUUGUAAACGCAACAGUGCUCUUAAAACUCAUCGGAAAAUACACACUGGGGAGAAGCCCUUUGUAUGUGAUUCUUGUGACUACGCAUGUAUUACAAAUAGCUGUAUGAAGAGGCAUAAGAGAAUACAUACAGGAGAGAAGCCCUUUAAGUGUAAUGUUUGUGAUUAUGCAUGUAACGAUAGCAGUAGUCUGAAGACGCAUAAAAGAAUACAUACAGGAGAGAAACCCUUUAAAUGUGAUGUUUGUGAUUACGCAUUUAACGAAAACAUUAACCUGAAGAGGCAUAUGAGAAUACAUACGGGGGAGAAGCCCUUUAAAUGUGAUUCUUGCGCUUACGCAUGUGUUACAAGUAGAAGUCUGAAGAAUCAUACAAGAAAACAUACAGAAGAAAAUAAUUAUGAAGCUGAUGUUUGUGGCAAUGCCAGUUAUGAAAGCAGUAAUGUGAAGAUGCAUAAGAUAAUACAUGCAAGAGCGAAACUCUUUAAAUGUGGUAAUUGUGAUUAUACAUGUAACGCUAACAGUCGUCUGAAGUCGCAUAUUAAGAGAAUGCAUACAGGAGAUAAACCCUUUAAAUGUGAAUUUUGUGAUUAUACAUGUUACAAAAUCAGUAGUCUGAAGAGGCAUAAGAGAAUACAUGCAAGAGAUAAACCCUAUAAGUGUGAUGUUUGUGAUUAUGCAUCCGACAAUAUCAGGGGUGUGAAGAGGCAUAAGAGAAAACAUACAAUUGAAGAACUCUUUAAAUGUGAUGUUUGUAAUUACGUUUGUAAUGAAUGCAUUAGUCUGAAGAAGCAUAAGAGAAUACACACGGGAGAGAAGCCUUUUAAAUGUGAUUUUUGUGGUUAUGCUUGUAAACGCAACAAUGCUCUGAAUAUUCAUCGGAGAAUACAUACGGGAGAGAAGCCCUUCGUAUGUGAUUAUUGUGACUAUGCAUGUGUUACAAGUAACAGCCUGAAGAGGCAUAAGAGAAUACAUACAGGAGAGAAACCCUAUAAGUGUAAUGCUUGUGAUUAUACAUGUAAUGACAACAGUAGUUUAAAGAUGCAUAAGAGAAUACAUACAGGAGAGAAACCCUUUAAAUGUGAUGUUUGUGAUCACGCAUUUAAUGAAAGCAUUAACCUAAAGAGGCAUAAGACAAUACAUACGGGGGAGAGGCCCUUUGAAUGUGACGUUUGUGACUAUGCAUGUGCAACAAGCAGUGGUCUUGGCAGACAUACAAGAAUACAUAAUGGAGAGAAACCUUUUAAUUGUGAUGUUUGUGAUUAUGCAUGUAACAACAUCUGUAGUCUAAAGACACACAAGAGAAUACAUACAGGAGAGAAACAUGUAAUAUCCGAAACAAUGAUUUCCACUUAGUGCCUUUAGUUUUAGUACAUAUAACGCCAAGCUUUGUUUGUAGAGAGAUUGUAAGGAAACAAAAGCAUGGAUUGUAUUUGGGAAUGAGUUCUCAUUUCAUUGAUAGUGGUUCUUUUCUUUUUCUAAUUGAAAUAGCCAUUGAGGUGUCAUACUAAGGAUCAAUGUCACAGUUACUUAAAAACAAAAAAAAUACAUUUCAAUCGGAUCAUUAAAAAUUGAUUUUUGGUUUACGAACUCUGGCUAAAACAGACAUACUGUCAUUAGACUUGGUAUAUAGCCAGCUUAUUUAUACAUUUGUAGAACUGGUUUUGUGAUCGUUGUUUCUAAAUUUAGAAACAAAUUUCCGUUCAAUACCCUAACUUUGUUUUACAUAUAGUGGUGUGAUCUUUUAACUUAUGAUAGUAUCUGUGUUCACUUCAGCCAAUGAUUUUCCACUAAUUUUCAAGAGUUUGGUUGGAUCUAUUAACACUAAACUUUAAUGGAAGUAGCAACUAUAUGUAAUAUCUGGGUAAAUGUUUGCUCAGUUUUAUAACCUUUAUGUUAUGGACUGGGCAGGGAUAACUCGUACUGACCUUUGACCUAUGAGUGUGGCUGAUCUUUAAUUUAGGGAUACGGAUGUUAUGCAAGACAAGUCUCAUUCUGGAAAACAUUAGUGCAAAAAUAUAUUACAAUCCUUUGAAUGAUGGCUUGGGUUAUGUACUUCACAGGAAAACCCCUUAUAGAAAUUUGACCCCAGGUGUGACCUUGACAUUUGAGAUAAUUGUCUUGGUGUUGCACAUGACACAUCGUCUCAUAAUGGGAAACCUCAUGAUCGGAAACAUUUGUGUCAAGUAAUAUUGAAAUCCUUUGAUGGAUGAGUUAAAUGUUAGACAGGGAAGAAACGCUGACGUUUAAUAUAUGAGUGUGACCUUGACCUUUUGACUUGUGGCAAGGGUGUUACACAUGACACGUCAUCUCAUGAUGGGUUACAUUUGGGUCAAGUAAUAAUAAAAUUCCUUCAAGGAUAACAAUUUAUGGAUCAGACAGGAGAACAGCGACAGGAGAAAAACAGCUGCAUUUGAACUUGGCCUUUGAGCUAGGGUUCUGCGUAUUGUGUAUGACACAUCCUCCGAUUGUGGAAAACGUGUCAGGUUGUAAUAAAAUCCCUUGAUGGAUGGCUGAAUUACAGACAGGACAGAACAUUAAAGCUCAACAGUGUUGUAUCCAGGAUGGAAAAAGGGCAUGGGGCAGUCAGAAAAGGUCAUGGGAGUCCGGGGGUAUGCUGCCCUGGAAAAUUUUGAAAUCAUGCGCACCAUUUCGCGCAAUUUAGAGGCAUUCUGUGCGUGUUUGUGUGAUGAAGUACCAUUGUAUUUUAUUGUAUUUCUCUCUGAUAAUUCUAAUUUACAUAUCUAUUAUAUUAAAACAUAUUAAUAAAAAUAUCUGCUGGUGUCUUUUUAGCUCACCUGAGCAAUGCUCAGGUGAGUAUUUGUGAUCGCUCGAUGUCCGGCGUCUGUCUGUCUGUCGUCUGUCAACAUUUAGCUUGUGUAUGCGAUAGAGGCUGUAUUUUUCAACUGAUCUUCAUGAAAUUUUGUCAGAAUGAUUACCUUUAUGAAAUCUAGGCCGAGUUUGAAAAUGGGU